AUGCUGCCACUGUAUGGUUUCUCCGAUAAUCCAUUCCAGUCACGAUCGGAUCUUGUUCGAGCCGCCACAUCCAUCGUGUCCGUACUUAAUCCAUACAAAAGCAAGGGAAAAGCAAGGAUAAAGCUCCCAGUUGCAACAGCAGCAGGGUUCGAUGAUGUCGCAGCACAGUUGGAAGGAUUCGCUCGUCCCUUAUGGGUGGUUCCGCUGCUCUUCAACGAGGAACUUGGGAAUGAGCAUAGCGCCCAUCUCAAAACAUGGAUUCAAGGUUUGGUGACUGGGACAGAUCCUGAAUCAUUGGAAUAUUGGGGUGAAUUGGAGGACUUUGAUCAGAGAAUGGUAGAAAUGGAGUCGAUAGCAUUUGCGCUUCUAUGUAAUGGGAAUGCGUUUCUCGGGCCCAUGAGUAAGCAAGCAAAGAAAAAUCUUUCAAACUGGCUUGGACAGAUUAAUUACCGCCGCAUGCCACAGAAUAAUUGGCUGUGGUUCCGCAUAUUUGUGAAUAUUGCGCUCGUCAAAGUGCUGGGAGUCUCGCGUGAUGAUGUCCAGCAUCAAAUUGACGCAGACUUCAGAACACUCGAUUCCUUUUAUAUUGGAGAAGGUUGGUCCAGUGACGGUCUGUGGGGUGACGAGCGCAAGCAGGCAGACUACUACUCGGGGAGCUUUGCGAUUCAAUUUGCCCAGCUCUUGUAUAUCCGUUUCGUUGGCGAUGAAGAUCCCACACGAUGCGAGCAAUACCGUCGUCAAGCACAAACCUUUGGCGGUACAUUCUGGAGGUACUUUGACGCUGAUGGUGCCGCGAUUCCAUUUGGCCGCAGCAUGACGUAUCGUUUUGCAUUUGCUGCCUUCUGGUCCGCCAUGGCAUGCGCAGAUGUUCAAUUACAAGCAACUUCUGAUAGCAUUGGUGUCAUCAAAGGGAUGCUCUUACGCCAUUUGCGCUGGUGGACCAAGCAUACGGAGAUUUUCAACUUAGAUGGAACACUCAACAUCGGAUUCACCUACCCGAACAUGUACUUGAGUGAGGCAUAUAACUCUCCACAAUCAGUCUACUGGUGUUUGAAGACAUUAACGGUCCUCGUGCUUCCAAAGGGCCACAUUUUUUGGGCGGUCCCAGAGCAACCACAUCCGCUAGUUCACUCGUCCAACUCUCCACAAUCACCGAAUUCUGUCCAAGACGUCUGGCCUCCGAGACACAUUCUGUGCAAUACAUCGGAGCACCAUUUCCUCCUGUCGUCCGGUCAAAUGUCCCGAAAAGCACAUAAAGGGCGAGAAGCCAAGUAUGGGAAAUUUGCCUAUUCGUCUGCUUUCGGGUUCAGUGUACCAGCAGGGCUUCUGCUCGAACAGCUGGCACCCGAUAGCACAAUAUGUGCGACUCAUGACGACGGGGAGAGUUGGAAGAUGAGGUCACAGCCGUAUGAUGAAAGGUUGAUAAACGUGAAAGUCAAGGACAGCUUCCAGCAAGAACGAGACAUACAAUCCUUGGUUAGCGAAUGGCGACCGUGGAAAUACCUUGAUCUGUGCAUCACAACCGCAUUAUUCCCGCUGGUCGAGAUCUUCCCCGGCUGGCAUGUUAGAGUCCACAGGAUCAGAUAUCGAGGAACCUCGUGGAUUGAGGGCCUUCAAAUCGUUGACAGUGGGUUCGCUCUCGGCGCGGAGACUCCAUCCGGUCGCUUCAUCACUCCAGAGGUCGAGCAAGGCUCAGUCACGGAUGGGGGAAGCUGUCUGUUGAGUUCGCCUGCCGGGACAAGUGCAAUUGUCGACAUGAAACCGGAAACAGAACGGGCAGCAAUUGAUACGCAGAUAGAGGUCCGGGGCGAGAGCUUCGCGCUAAGGGCUGAUCCAAACACGAAUCUCAUGUCGUCGAGAACCAUGAUACCCUCGAUAAAGCACCACCUAAAAUUGAAUGGGUUCGAGCGAAACGCAAGACGGGAGGUAUUCUUGGUAUCGGGUGUCUUUGCUGUGGGCGCAUCCGCGGGCUUGGAUCAGGACACGAUUCGAGGGAUGUGGUCAAGACGACCUCGGCUGCGUGUGGAAGUUGUUAGCGAUGAAAUACAAAUCAGCGUACAAUGA